CGUCGCUGAACUUUUGGACACUGACCGGUUGCUCGCAGGCCACGCGACUCGUAUGCAUUGCGAAUGUGCCCUUCUCUCUCAUCUGUGCAAGCACGACCAGCCAAUGCUCCCGUAUAUUGGGCUUUCGCGGGCGCCAUGUGUAUUAUGCGCCUGUUAUGUCGCUGCCUACCGCGACUACCGGGGAUUUGAGACGACCAUGCGCAGAGCGGAAGGACGGCCGGCCAGCACCAGGUGGAUAUGUCCCGACUUCCCCGACCGUCCCGAGGACACUGUGGCUUUCCAGUAUCACUUCAACAGCAGGCUCUCCACAUACAUUGUGAGGAGGAUGCUUGACGAGAAUGUCCGGGUAUCAUUAUCAAAGCGCAACCAGAGCACAUCUGCGUCUAAUGUUCAAUGAUCUCAGGUGCAAAAAUGAUUAUCAGGUGGUACCCAAUGUCAACGCGCUGUAGCUGCGAGAGUCCUGUUGAGUUAAUCCGUUACCUACAUUGAUGAUGAAUUCAU